GAUUUAAUUGUGAUUUAGUUGUGAUCAUAAAUAGUUUUAAUGAUCAAAAUACAAAAUUACUAAUUGAUCAUAAUGCAUUUUAUCAGUUACAUACAUUUUAUACCAUAGCCUUUUGUUAGUUUUUUGAUUUUUUCUCAACUAUUAUUUAUUUUUUUCAUAUGUUUCAGAAUCAUUGUUUUAAAAUUUAUAACUGUAUGAGGUUUUUUUUUUUUUUUAGAAAAAUUUAUUUAUAAAAAAUUUCUUUUUAUUUUUAGAAUGCAGAUUAUGUCUUUAGGGUGCUUGUCCCUGAGGCCAUCAUAUAUCUUUUUGCAAAGUUUAUGCUAGUUUCUAGAAUUCAAGUACUGAAAAAAAUAUAUAUAUAUAUAAUUUUGAUAAAUUAUGUAUUUUUUUUAUUGUUGUUUGUGUAUUAUUUUUUAUUUUCAGGCAGAAGUGACUUUUUAUGCAUAUAUUUCAAAGCGAAAUACAGAGGUUUUGCAAGAUGAAUCAAGUGAUUCAGAAUGCUCAUUGGUUAAUGUAAAGGAUUUCACAGAAACUUGCAUUGUUCUGUCUGAGAGUGAGGUAUCUUUAAGUGAUAUUGAUUUUAAAUUAGUUGAAAGUAAUUCUGAAUCUAAAUUUGAAUGCAUAGAUACCACUGAUAUGGAAAGUGCAGUAAAGCGUCUCCUUGAUGAAUUAGUAAUAAAGGUUUCUUCAUAUCAGGAGAAUAAUUUUUGUGGUAAACUACCUUUUGAGGCUUGCGAAAAUAUUAAAAUGGCUCAUGAUCAAGGUUUAAUUAUUGAUGAGAAAGAGAAAAAAUCAAAAAUUAAAACAGUUGAUGAAGUACUUCAAAAGAGAAAAAAAAUAACCAGUAAAAAAGACCUUUCUUUCAAAGAAUGCAAUGAAAAUAAUUUUGAGAGUAUGAUAACUGUAUUUAUGAAAUCUGGAAAGGUUUUGGAAGCAGAGAAGAUGUUCAAAAAAUGGGUAUCUUCAAAGAAACAAGUUAAGUUAAAAAAGCAAGAAGUUUAUCCUCGCGAAAAAGUCAAGUGCCCAAUAUGUUACAAAUGUGUUGUUAACUUCCCUAGACAUUUACGAUCAUCGAAGCAUAAAGUAAGUAAAGAAGAUGCUCGUAUAGCUAGAGGAGUUUAUGGAUUAAGAAAAUCAGCUGUUGCAAGUUCAGAAGCUAAAAAAACUGUAAAAUAUGUUUGUCCAAUGUGCAAAGCUGUUGUGAAGCGUAUUCACGACCACUUAUACAAGUCUCCACAUUAUCUUAAAAAUGAACCUGAAAAGUAUAGAGAAAUGCUUCAAAAAAAAACUAUUUUUGAAAAAGUAAAUCAUAUUACAGUUCCUUUAAAGCACCAGCAAAAUUACAAUUUUCAGCAGUCAUUUGAUUCAAAUGUUUCACUUGAUCAAUUCAAUAUUCAAAACCCGGAAUCACCAUCUAUUAGUAAUCGUACCAAAUCUAUUGAUGAUGAACCCACUUUUAAAGAUUAUCUUGAAAUCUUUUGCCUUUAUUUAAAGAGUCGAUCCGGAGGUAAUAAAGAUUUAAAAUCUGCAUCCAAUGAGAUGGGUCAAGUCAGGAGAAUAAUGGAGGUUUUGUCUUCAGAUGAUCCAUGCUAUGAUAAAUUUUUUGACCUCGAGCGAUUACAAACACUUUGGUUUCCUCAUGCGCAAAGAAUGAUGUAUGAACCUGGAACAAAAAGGUCAUACUUGUUAUCCUUAAGCCACUUCAUAGAUUUCUUAAUUCGUUCAAAAUUAACUCCAAAUGUUCCUUAUGUUGUAGCAGUCACUAAAGUAGAGGCUGAUGUUAUGCUUGUUUGUCAGAACGAAAUUUCUAAAUGGAGACAAUCUUUGAGAGCUGAGGAGGAGGAGAGGCAGUUUGAUGUUUUAAUUCAAGACGGUGAAAAAAUGAUCCCAAAAGAAUACUUUAAGGCUAUUCUUGAUAGCAACUUCAAUGUCACAGUUAUAAAAAAAAUUAAAGAGAUACACUGUCAAUACUCUUUAAAACCAAACGAAUUUAUUUUAACACGCAGUUUAUACACAAAUACCAGAGACUGCAUUUUCUUUAAAAUGGUAUGUGAUAAUAUCUCUCGGUCGGGAGCUAUCGCAAAUCUGACAUUAGAAGAGUAUUUAAAAGGAACUUUUACUCCAACAGGUUUGUAUGUUGCGUUGGUGAGAAAACACAAGACCUUUAAAAAAUAUGGACCCUGCCAAAUUGUUAUUAAUUCAGAACUUAAAUUUUUGUGUGACUGCUUUUAUAAAAUUAUAAGAAAUGGUGUUCCAGGACAUAAAUCAGAAAAUAUGUUUGUUACAUGGUCAGGAUGUAGUUUGGAAUCAGGUGGUGUAUCAACCCAGUUAAGUUCAUAUUUUUCAAAAUGUUUACCAGACAGUGUUAGCCUUGGAAAUGUUAGUGCUACUUUAAUAAGAAAAAGUUUAUUAACGUUUUUUUAUGAUAAUUACCCUGAUAUGAAAAAAGACCUUGCUACUUUAAUGAAGCACAAACAAAGUACUGGAGAGAAAUGGUAUUAUUUAAACCAAACUAAAAAAGAAGUUUCUGGCACUUCUGAAAAGAUUUCAAAUGUAAUUUUUGGCUCUCAACCAGACAUUUAUACCAUUGAAAAUGCAAUGCCCAACAAUUCUUUAAUUGGAAGUCCCAUAUCAAAUGUUACAGAUAACGAUCUAUUUAGUGAGAAUGAGGAAGAUGAUAAUGAAAGCGAUUGGGAUGGUGUUACAGGUUCGUUGAUGACAAGUAAAAAAAUAUCUUGGACUACGCUUGAAGUGGAUGAAUUAAAAAAAAUUUUCAAAAUCGAUUCUACAAGUUCAUUUAACCAAUCUAACAUACGAAUGAUGAUUUCAGGAAAUGAUAUUUUAAAAAACCGCAAUGCCAAACAAGUUUACGACAAAUUAAGCCAUCUUCAAAAAAAUGCAUUAAAAGGAGAUUUACAAGAACUUAAUAAAAAAGAGUGCAUGACAAAAAAAGUUGUUUUUCCAACAAAGUAUACUAACUUAAUCAGGGUUAUUUUUUCAAAGGAAAUAGCUGGUAAACUUUUAACAACUGAAAAAGAUGUUUAUAAUAAAAUUAACCAAACCGAAAAAGCAAAAGAGAUGCUUAAUGAAUUUUCAAUAAAACAAAUUCUAACAAAAAUACGAUACGAAAAGGCAAAGUUAAGAAUGAAAAAAAAGUAAUUCUUUGUAUAUUUUAACGUUUAUAAUAUUUUAACGUUUAUAACAUUUUAAAGUUUAUUA